AAGAGGAGCUUUAGUGCGUCAGACCGCAGAGCUCUGUCUGAUCUCCUCCCGUCUCUCUCUCACAGCUUAAAAUGCUCCAGCGUGUGACUCCUGACAUGUAAAUGGCGUCGAAGGUGCGUGAUGCUGUCCUCUGGUACCAGAAGAAGAUCGGUGCGUACGACCAGCAGAUAUGGGAGAAAUCAGUGGAACAGCGAGAGAUCAAGCAGUUUAUCAGACGGGGUCUGCGGAACAAACCGAAGAAGACGGGUCACGUGAAGCCGGACCUGAUUGACGUGGAUCUGGUCAGAGGCUCUGCGUUUGCUAAAGCGAAGCCCGAGAGCCCGUGGACCUCUCUGACCCGGAAGGGCAUCGUCAGAGUGGUUUUCUUUCCCUUUUUCUUCCGCUGGUGGAUUCAGGUGACAUCGAGAGCCAUCUUUUACCUGCUGCUGUCUCUCUACCUGCUGCAGGGUGAGCUUGAUUUUCAGCAGACAGAUGUCAGACAGAAUUAUUGUGGUUUUCACUGAUUCACAGCUACAUAU